AUGUUGUCCAGUACAUUUUUCGCUUCAAAAGAGAGUGAAAAUAACUGGAGAAACUACAUGAUACUUGCUUACAAAACUUCCCUAGAAACCAUACCAAGUGGUCCAAGCAUUUUUCAACUUUCCAAAAUUUUGAAGGACACCAAGCCUGAGGCUUAUAUUCCCCAGAGUUUAGGCCUCGGACCAUUCCAUCACUGCCGUCCCGAACUUCAGGAGAAGAUGCUCUGGAUAAAGCGUGCAGCACUCAGUGUCCAUAACGUUGAACUCGAGAGAAUCAUGGAACUUCUUAAGAGCCUUCCAUGGCCAUUUGAAGAGAGAAUCCAAUCAUGUUAUGGCAGCUACCUUGAUUUCGACAAGGAAACCUUAAUACUGAUUGUGAUUGUGGACUCCAUAUGCUUGCUUCAUGCUCUUGAUGUUCUAGAGAAUUAUAAGGAACAGCCAGGGGAGGAGGAGGAGGUGGAACCCAGUUUGAUGAUUUCAGAUAUGAUGAUGCUCGAGAAUCAAAUCCCGAUUACUCUGAUUGAUCUAGUGUUACGGGAUGAGACUCUGGCAGAGGAGUUCACUCUGCUGACUAGUCUGUUUGAUAUUUUCUACGAAUUCGUCAGCAAACUAUCUCCAGUGAAAUUGGCCGACGAUGACAGGGAUUAUAUGAGAGAGAUUUGGGGUCCUCCAAAACAUUUGCUGCAUUUUAUGUAUAAGUUCGCUGUGGGCAGGAAGUUAGCUGUAAUAAUAGAAUCUCGUAAAUUCGUCCCAGGAUCAACCGAGGAAACGGACUCUAUUACCAGCCAAUCACUGGCAUCCUCGAUGCAAUCAACUGUGGAAAUAAACUCUGCAGCGGAAGCUGAAUCCGCAGUAUCUAAUAUACUGCGGCAAACAGGGGAUUCUCUGGUAUAUGCUGGGGGGCAAGCCGGAGAGUUCUUCAUCCGGGCAAUUGAGGAAAUAAACUCUUUAACAGCGGCUUAUAAAGAUGGAGGUCUCAGAGUGCCAACAUGGUUCGACAAGACUGUACAAGGUAUCGGGAAGGCUGUGAGUUCCAGUGAGAUGAAGCAGGCCAGUGCUUUGGAUAAAGUUCAUUCUGUUUCAGAACUCUACAAUAUUCCUAAGAUAACAUUUCAUGCCCUUCCAGUUGGAUGUGGCUUUGGCAACAUUGUUUUUGACAAAAUUAAGAAGGUAGUAUACCUCCCAAUGAUGACUCUGCAUGCAAAUUCGGAAGUCAUAUUGAGAAAUUUGCUGGCGUUUGAAGCAGCAUAUAAGGAUGCCAGACAAGGGCCGCAAUCAGAAGUCAGAGAGCAUAUGGGUCUGAUGUGUGCUAUCAUAAAAACUGAAAAAGAUGUGCAGCUGCUCAAGGAUGCCAAGGUCAUCGAAACGCAAUUGAAAGAUGAAGAUGUAGUCAAGCUAUUCAAGUCGAUAAAAAAAACCAUGGAAAAGCUAGGCAAUAAGUCCAGUUUUAUUGAUGCUUUCGGCAGGUACACGAACGAAGAUUAUGACAACGUCCCAAUAGUGAAGGCCUGUAACUGGAUAAAGAAAUGGGCUCUCGCUUUCUUGAAUUUUGUGAAGAGAAUUUGGCCUGUGUUUGUGGUGCUUCUGCUUUUCCUGCAAACGUUUUGUGAUAUUUACAACUGUCAUCGCGGGCCGUGGUUCGGGACUACCAGGGAGACUGCAGAUCUUCCUUUGCAGGAUUCUUCAUUUCUAAGCCUGGCACCCAAAGCUGAACUCUUGAAACCACGCAAAUUUCUUCGUUAUUAUAGUUAA